GUCUUUCUGUUCAAACCCACGCACAUAUCAAUAGUUUCUAGCUUUCACUCUCUUUUCCCGCCUACAAACGUUUGCAAUAUAAACCCGUAAAAUUACUUACUCAACCUCACAAGCGGCAGGACAGGAGUAAAGUGCAAUAAAAUGUUGCUCUUAGUGGUGAUGUUUCUAGCUGUGGUCACCGAUGCCACGACAAUAUCAGUACCUACCUACGAGCGCCAUGAUCCCGUCACCGGCGUCACACUCACCUGUAACCGCUGUCCUCCAGGAUACCAUAAGCAUGCGGACUGCACGGCGACACGUGAGACCCAGUGCGUCCCGUGUAAACCGAGACACUUCACCCAGCACUGGAACUACCUGUCGAAAUGCCUAUACUGCAACAACUUCUGUGGGGAGAACGAAUUCGUCAAACAGGAGUGCUCUCCUCUCACUAACAGGGUCUGCGAGUGCAAAGAGGGCUAUUAUCAUAACCAUGGCUUUUGCAUUAGACACACGAGAUGUCCUUCCGGGCAAGGAGUGGAAUUGAAAGGGACUGCACACAGGGACACGGCUUGUGUGAAGUGUUCGUCCGGCACGUACUCCGCCAGCAGCUCAGCGUACGAGACCUGCAUUAAUCACACUGACUGCGCGGCUCUAGGUCUCCAGACUGUCGUCAAAGGCACAACCUGGCACGACAAUAUCUGCGCCUCUUGUGAAGACCUUGAAGUUCGAGGUGUGUUAGAUUAUUUGAAGGAAAUCCUUCCAGCUUUCAUUGCUCACCAGAGGAUAAAGCCAAAGAAAGUGCAUAGAUUUAUGAGAAGGCUUCUAAUAAAGAGCAACAACGAGAGACUACCAGAGUACACUGGAGAUUUUGAUACCUCAAACAUUUUGGAGAAUCACUUCAGGAAGUGGGUCAAAGAGGCCAGCAAAAAUAGUCUCAAGGAGCUCCCUGAAUUUCUCCGGAAAUUCAGACUGUAUAAUGCUGCCGAUAAACUAGAGAGAAAAAUUAAUAAAGUUGAGAAUGGUGCUAAACUGUGCAGCAUGCCACCUUGUCCGUUCCUCUGCAGCAUAUAGUAACUAUAUACCUCACCAACGUACCCAAUGUUUUGUGAAAAUCAUGUUGCUUCCCUUCAUUAUCCAUUUCCUAUGUGUAAAUUUCAUGACUGAAUACAUUUCACAUACUGUUUCUGACCCAAAUAAAAAAAAUAAAAAUAGCCUUGAAUUGA